CUGAGUUCUGCAACAUGCUAUGACCAGGUAAGCAGUCAUAGGGAAAACAGGCAAAAUGAAUGCAGCCUGACAGGUCAGGUAAGAUUCUACACGAGAUGACACGGUGAUUGGACACCACCUGAUGGUUUCAUAGCAACCAGUGAGUGGUCUGUACAGGUGUAAAAAGGUCAGUGCUGAACAGCUCACAGAGGAGACUGGUCCAUCUGCCACUAUCCGGAUUAAAGAGCAGCCCCUGGAUUAACCUGCUGAGGAUAUCAGGAACUGCUGGAAAGAAUACCGUGAUCUGGAGAAAUCUCACUUAAAGGAUCCGCUGCAGGAUCAGUAUCAUGCUUAGAAAUGUGGAAUCGUUCUAUUGUGGAAUUCUAAGGCUUAUAAAAUGCAGGAUCUUGGUUUAAAGGAAUAAAUAUAUAUAUAUCUCGCUCUCCCUUGAAAAGAAUACUGCGAUUCACUGCAAGUUAGCAAAAUGAUGAGAUAUACGAGGGGAUCGACUGUCACAACUUCUGAAGCAGGAACGUCUCCCAAAUCUGGGAACAUUUGCAGACUGCGUCUGACAUUGCCUGCAGAAGGAACCUCUCGGCCAGAACACAAUGAGACCAAGAAUGAAAAAACAUUAACAGUUGAUCCUAAAACUAUAGCUGAGAAAAAGAAGAAAAAAAAUGGCUUUGUGUCUGAAAAAAAUACAUCUGAGCCACCAACACUACACCUUUACUCCGUGCCAAAAGGCAAUUCUGCACCUGGAGGACCUUCUCACGGGGUGGUAUAUGGAGUUGUCCAAAGAGCUGAGAAUAACCACCAGAAUGAGGUUGUUGUUUAUGAAUGGUCAACACAUCAGCUUAAGGAAGAGAUGAAUUACAUCAAGGAUGUACGAGUAACCUUGGAAAAAAUAAGAGAGAGAAUGUUCGGUGAAUAUGAUGAUAUGAAAGAAAAGAUUAAACAGCUCACACAAGAAAUGAAAGUUUCUUCUGUUCAGCAGGAGGUGUUAGAGAACCAUGCCCAGGCACAAGCUUCUGCUUUGGAUAGCUUUGGGACAAUGAACAGUUCCUUGACAAUAGCGUCAAUAGAAAUGCAGAAAACAUUGGUGAAUAUGUCCUUGGAAAACUGCAGCAUUCGGGACAAAGUAAAGAAUUUACAAGAUUCUUACGAUGAGUCCUUAAAUAAACUGAAAGAAAAACAGAAGAUGUUAGAAGAAGCUCAGGCUGAAAACCAGGCACUUAAAGUUAAGGUAGAAUGCUCUCAGGAAGCAAAUGCAGAUGUAAUGAGAGAUCUGACACGGAAAUUAUAUAAUCAGUAUGACGAAAAGAUACAACAAGAGGAACUUAAAUAUACUGCAGAAAAACAGGCUCUGCUCGACCAAACAAAGCAGUACUUACAAGCUAUUGAAGAUGCUAGUGAGAAGGUCCAACUAGCUGAAAUCAAGAUACAAGAAAGAGAUGCAAAGAUUGCAGAGAUGGACAGAUUAGUCCAACGUAUGGAAGAGGAGCGAGAGCAAUUGCAGGUACAAUUAACAAGACAUGAAGAGAGAUUGCAGAAUCUUGAUAAUAGGAUAACCAUAAACUCAGCUGAGAGAGAAAGGACUCAGCAUUUAGAAGAGGCUGCAACCAGUUUACGUGAGCGUAUUAAACACCUGGAUGAUAUGGUCCAUUGCCAACAAAAGAAGGUUAAAAGCAUGAUUGAAGAGAUUGAGCUUCUAAGGAAAAAGGUCCACUACAAAGAUUUGCUCAUCCAGCAACUUCUGGAAAGAAUAGCUUUUCUAGAAGGAGAGAAUACAGAAUUACAAGACAAGAUGGACUACCUACUGGCAAAUCAGCCAAAGACCAGCACAGAAACCAAAGAUGCAGAAACAAGUUGUAAUCUUACAGACAGUGUGCCAGUAACUACACCUACAACGCAAGCCUUAGGCAGCACCGAUGAUGCCAGCAGCACAGAAACUGAUGCCAGAAUUGCUGUGCAGAGAUCAUACACUCCUUAUAUGCGAGUUCUACAAUUAAGUAUGAAAAAUAAAGUGUCUUAAAUACUGGCUCCACUUGGUUCCCCGAAGAUGAGGAAUCACGACUCCGCAAAUAAUCAUACACCUAUUUCUCUGGCACUUGAAUGGCUAAAGACUAUAUUUUAUGUAACAGUGUAAAAUUUGUCAUUGGCAAAAGUGCAAACCUGUAACCUCCAGGGUAUCAAGGAGGGAAACCUCUCUACACAGUGCCCUGACACCAACUAAUAGUCUGCAUCUCCAUCUAAAUCAUCACUUGCUAAGAUAAAAUGUCUUUAUUUUAGAUGUGGGCCUUGAACUGCCUGGUUAUGGGAUUGUAAUCGGCAGCUUUGGCAAAAUCAGAGAAUUGUUAUGUUAAACUUCUGCUAAAAUACACGCUGACAUAAACUAACUGCUCAUGACAGUAU